ACCAUAUUGGCUUCAACGUUGAGUACUUUGUGUGACUUACUGGAUCGACAACUCUCAACAAUACUACAAGGUGAACAGGAGUUAGUGGAAUUUUGUGAUGUUGUUUUGAAGUCGGCAUACUCGAUAAUGAUGUCCAAAGAGACGAUUAAAGAGAAGACCAAUAAAUCCCUGCUAGUCAAACUUCUAUGUAUAGUUGCCAAAAGUCACCAACAAAAUAAUCAAGUCUCACACCGUUUGACAAUGGCUCUACCGUUCUCGGAACACUUAGCAGAACCCAUUGCAGAAAUUGUUUCCACUUCGGUAGAAACCUACGAUAAUAGGAAUUUAUUGCAGGACGUUUUAGUCUCUUUAUCCUCCAUAGAGGACGUAGGACCAAAUUUGGCAAAAAAUAUCAGCACUUUCCUUAUAAAGUUGUCCGAGCUUUUAGGCUCCGAAAUUAUUCCAUUCAUAGAAUUAUUCAAGCCUUUUCAGGAUUCCACACAGACGAUUCGUGCUUCAACAAUGAUUUGCUAUGGAAAUUGCGUUAAUUCUCUUUCAACGUCACAGGAGCUCAUGGAAGAACACAGUGAAGCAAUUUCUUCCCUGAUUGAAACUCUUGAAACUUACUUAUUAGAUACAUACCAAAUAGUUCGUCAGCGAUGCUUUCAAGCUCUAGAAUUAAUCCAUUCAAACGAUAAAUCGCUGAUAAAUUUUAAAGAAUACAGGUAUCGUUGGACAAUCUUUUCUAUUCGACAUUUGGAAGAAAAAUCAAGUUUUGUGCGGAAAGCAGCAGUCAGCCUAUUGAAAUGUAUCAUCCGAAAUCAUCCUUACACGGUUGAUGAUGGGAAACUUUCAUGGACUUUUUACUGGAAUAGUUAUCUAGACUGUACCAAAAUGAUAAAACAGUUUGACAAUGGAGUGACUUACAAUGUUAUCCGCAAAGAAGAGUUAGAUGACCAAGAACUAAGUGCAGUUAUUGAAGAUUCCGAAAACCAACACGAAGUGAAGCACAUUUUUGAGUUCGUCGUUGGGGCUAUACCAGAGCCAGACAGUGACAUUUCAGUUGAGAACUUACCUCGAGAAGUAGUUGAAAUAGUUUUGAAAAGAUCAUUUUGUCGUGAUGCAUGCAUAUUCAUCAAAUUAUUGGACAAAUCAUUUGAGAUUGCCAGUACGUUACUCAACUCUAAAAUCAAAAGUGAUGCGGUGUCUGCUAUAGAGUACUUUGUAGUUGGUGACGCAUAUGACAUUGCAUCUGCGAAGGAUGGCAUCAAACAAAUGUUGCACUUAAUAUGGAAAAAUGGUUCAAAUGAGGAUGGUAACAAAAUAGUUGAGAAAUUGACGGAUGCAUACAUUACCAUGUUUUUGACUCCAUAUGAACAGGAAUCUCAGACAAACAAGAUCAUUUAUGUAGCAACAUCUUUGAUCAAGCUCACAUAUAACUGCAGCAUGGCUGACUUAAUAUCGCUUGAGAAACUGAUUGUUGAAAUCUACAAAGGAAAACUAGUUGAAGUUGUUGAUGCCUUGUGGAACAGUUUUGUAAACUCAAAAUACGUUAAAGAGAAAAGGGGUGCAAUAAUUGUUUUGAGUAUGAUCACUCUCGCUGAUUACAGAGUUAUGCAAAGGAAAAUCGAAUGGUUAUUGAAUUAUGGAUUACAAACAGAUAACAUCAAUUAUCAAGUGACUAGCUUUACGUGUAUUGCAUUACGAAGAACCAUUCCAAAAAAGAUACCAGCAGAUUAUGCAUAUCCAGAUUUCAAAGCUGUAAUCGAGCAAUUGAAAAAAAUCCUUUUACUCAACACCAAAGACGGCGAUUGGUUUAACUUGGCUGAGGAAGCUUUGAAUACUUUAUAUGAGAUUGAUCCUAACGCGGACGAAUCGGCAACUGAAGUUUUGAAACUGAAAGCUCUGGAAAUUUUUAGUGAUAACGAACAGAUUGAAAACUCAUCCAAGAGUAAAACUGUUUCCUUGAGCCAGCUAUUCUUUCUCUUGGGACAUGUGGGCUUGAAGACUAUUAUAUAUUUGGAAAAAUGUGAAGCCGACUUCAAGCGUAAAAAGCAAGACAACGAAAACAAAAAGAACGAGCAAGAAAUGGAACUCGAUAUGAUAGGAGGAACAAAUGAAGAUGAGUUUACAGAUGCCGUUCAAAAUAUCAAAGAAAAAGAGUUGUUAUAUGGUCCUAAUUCAAUACUGGCUAAAUUUAUUCCAAUUUUGACGGAAACUAUCACGAAACCGAAAAAGUAUAAAAGUGAACUCUUACAAAGACAAGCUACGCUAUGUUUUGCCAAAUUUAUGUGUAUCUCUCCACGGUUCUGCGAAAGUCACCUUGGAUUAUAUCUUUCUUUGAUGGAAAAAUCUCGUGAUUCUAUCGUCAGAAGCAAUCUAGUUUUGGGAUUGGGAGAUAUUGCUGUAUGCUUCACCAAUAUUAUUGAUGAAAAUCGGAGCGCCUUAUACAGUUUGCUACAAGAUAGGGACUUAACAGUUCAAAGAACUUGCUUGAUGACGGUUACUUUCUUGAUUCUAGCUGGUCAAAUCAAAGUGAAAGGGCAGUUGUCUCAAUUAGCAAAGUUAUUAGUCCAUGAAGACAAAAGCUUGAGAGAAAUGUCUAAAUUGUUCUUCCAGGAACUUGCCACAAAGGACAAUGCAAUUUAUAAUGGGUUUAUUGAGAUGUUAAGUGGAUUAAAUCAGCAUUUGAAUGAAGCAACCCCGUCCGAAAAACCUUUUUCGAUAGAAAAGUUCAAAGAAGUCAUCAAGUUCGUGUUGCCUUUCAUUAACAAAGAUAAACAACGUAGUCAGUUGAUCAAAAAGUUGAACGACAGGCUGAAACUUUGUUCCAAAGAGGAGUGGAUGAGAUACGCCUUUUGUAUAAAGGAAUUGAUUAGAAGAGAUGACACUGGAAGCAAAAAGGAUUCCGAUAGUGAGAAA